AUGGUUCUUCUGCGUUUUGCUCCGUCUCCUACAGGUGCUUUGCACCUUGGAGGGCUCCGCACUGCACUGUACAACUACCUCUACGCCAGGAAACUUGGAGGGAAGUGGAUCCUGAGAAUUGAGGACACAGACGCGACACGAGCAGUACCUGGUGCUGUUGACGGCAUACGGCAGGCUUUGGAGUGGUCGGGGCUGGAGUAUGACCAUGGACCCGGCAAAUCUGGCCCUCACGCACCUUAUUUCCAGUCCGAACGCUUAGACCUCUAUCACGUAUAUGCCAACAAGCUGCUCGAGUCAGGACACGCCUAUCGCUGCUUCUGCUCCCCGGAAUCUCUCUCAGCAACGCGCGAGAGGCUUGCACGGACGGGUUCAAACUCUACAUAUGAUAAGGCGUGUCUGAACUUGACCGAAGAGGAAGUAGCGCGACGCGUACGUGCGGGAGAGAAGUCAGUGAUCAGGCUCAAUGAUGGACGGCUGCCUGAACGCUGCUCACCUCCGGACCUCAUUUUCGGGCAUCUACGCGACGCGCAUGCGUCCCUGCCUACCGAUCCCGUUCUCCUUAAGUCAGACCUCUUUCCGACCUAUCACCUUGCGUCAGUCGUAGACGAUCAUGAGAUGGGCAUCACCCAUGUACUCCGCGGAGAGGAAUGGCUCCCAUCACUUCCACUGCACCUAGAUCUAUACGAGUGUCUGUCUCUAAAACCGCCGCAGUUUGCGCACCUUCCGCUACUUCUCAACCUAGACGGCACGAAGAUGUCGAAGCGGAAGGGUGACGUCCAGGUCAUGGAUUACAAGCACCGCGGAUGGGAGUCCCGCGCGAUACUCAACUGGCUUGCUCUCGCCGGCUGGGGUGUGUCCCACGAGGCCGCCACAACCUCCUCCCAACAAAAGCACGCGCCAGAUAGUACGGCAAUCAUGUCGCUCGAGGAGAUGAUCCGCGAGUUUGACUUGUCGUCCGUGACGCAUCGUCGCUCCGUGCUCGACCCCCAGAAGCUCGGGUACAUCAACAAGCGCCACCUUAUGCAUGCGAUGGAGUCGCCUGAUGGACCUCGUGUGCUCGCUGAGAGCGUACACACUCUCGUCAAGGAGGCCUUCCCGCACAGUUCACAUACGGCGGUGUCGUACGUCCAGGACGUUCUCGCUGUAGUGCAGAGCCGCCUCAUAAAACUGAAUGACCUGCCAUUGAUUGCGGGGUAUUUCUUCGUGGAGCCGGACUACACAACGGAUGAAGCGCAAUCCAUGCUCAAGAAUACCUCGCCGGGUGUCUAUGACGCAGUUCUCCGUGGCGUCGAGGACAACUUGCGUACCGCGCAAGACUCCUGGAACACGGCUGAUUUCGUUGCGCUACUUCAUGAGGAAACAGCUCGGAUAGGGUGCAAGUCAAAGCAGUUGAUGACCAUUGUACGCCAUGCAUUGACAGCUGCGAAGAACGGCCCUGGGGUUGCGGAUAUCAUGCGCGUGCUGGGAAUGGAACGGACAUUGGAGCGUCUGAAGAAUGCUCGGGCAGACCGGUGA